AUGAAAAUACAAGGAUUAACCGAAAAAAUUAACCAAACUUUAAGCGAUAAAGACAAUACUAUUAAUUAUUUAGAAGAGGAACAGCAAAAAUACCAAGAAUUAACCAAAGAAGUUAAAGAAAUAUUAACUAAAUACGGUGUCUCAAACUUCACACAAUUAAGUAAUGGCAUUCAAGGCCUUUUGUCUGACCGAAAAAAAUAUAAAGACGAACGAGACCAAGCCCGAUUAGAAAUCACCGAAAAAGAUGACCGUAUUGCUCAAUUAGAGAAAUUGUUUCACGGCACCGCCAAAAUAUUUAGUAAACAACACAACUAUGUUGACCAAUUAAAAGAGCGAUUGGAGCAAGAAAAACAAAACAAAGGCAUAAGUCCAGAACAAAUGGAUCAUUUACAAGCUGAUAUUAAACGGUUGGAUGAGGAAAAACAACAAUUAACUGAGCGAAUUGAAGAAUUAGAGGAUAAGGAAAAAUUCCUCAAAGAAUUUAGAGAUAAAGAACUAACUGAGUUACGGAAAGAAAAACUAACUAUUAGUGAUAAUUAUGAGAAAUUAAGAACUGAUAUUAAUGAUGUUUUAAAACCAAUAAAUCUUGAAACCACUAUUGCUGAAAAUGCGACAGAAGAUGAAAUUUUACUUAUAGAAAUUAAAAAAGUAGUGACAGAAUUAACCAAAGAACAAGGUUGGUGGGAUAAGUGGAUUAAUGAUGAAGCAAUCACUACCAUGUCGUUAUCGGCAGCAAAUUAUAUUUAUGCACAAAACAUAGCUAAUUCUACUACUAUAACUGAAAUGAUUGUUAACGAUAAUGAGGAAACUUUUAUCAUUGAUCGCAAGCAUAGCGUUAAAAACAAUUCUCAAUUAAUCACUGAGACUAUAGCUAAUAAAGAUUUAGAAAAUUGA